UGGGGCACUUCACCGUGAGGCUGCAAAUCAAGCAGAUGUGCUUGCUGUGAAUUGCUACAGUGUCUGAACUUUUGUAUGCCAAAGGUGAUAACACCUUCCUUCUUCUGGGAUUUUUUUCAUUCUUUUAUAUUGUGUGUGUUCUCUGUAAAGGGAAUGAAAUGGAGAAGUUGAAGAAAUAUGCAUUGCUGAAAGAUGAAGAUCAGUUUUAUCAUGAGGGAGCUGUGGAGUUGCUAGUCUUUAACUUUCUGCUUAUUCUUACAAUAUUAACAAUUUGGUUGUUUAAAAACCAUCGAUUCCGCUUUCUGCAUGAAACUGGAGGAGCUAUGGUUUAUGGCCUUGUAAUGGGAUUAAUUAUACGAUAUGCAACAAAAACAUCAGAUGUUGAAAAUGGAACUGUUUAUGAAUGUGAAAAGCUGAAAUCUGGGCCAUCCAGUCUACUUAUUAAUAUAACUAAUCAGGUCUACGAAUACCAAUACAAAAGAGAAAUCAACCAUCACAAUGUCAAUGGUCACCAGGGCAACGCAAUGCUUCAAAAGAUGACAUUCGAUCCUUCCAUCUUCUUCAAUAUUUUGCUGCCACCUAUUAUAUUUCAUGCUGGAUAUAGUUUAAAGAAGAGACAUUUCUUUCGUAACUUGGGAUCAAUUUUAACCUAUGCAUUUUUGGGAACUGCCAUCUCCUGCAUUGUCAUAGGGUUGAUAAUGUAUGGUUUUGUGAAGGCCAUGGUGCACAUUGGCCAGUUAAAAGGAUGGGAAUUCCACUUCACUGACUGUUUAUUUUUUGGAUCGCUGAUGUCUGCCACAGAUCCAGUGACAGUCCUUGCUAUUUUCAAUGAGCUGCACGUGGAUACAGAUUUGUACACACUUCUAUUUGGAGAGAGCGUCCUAAAUGAUGCUGUAGCUAUUGUGCUGACAUACUCUAUAUCCAUUUACAGUCCCAAGGAGAAUCCUAAUGCAUUUGAUGCUGCUGCUUUCUUUCAGUCAGUGGGAAAUUUUCUGGGGAUCUUUGCUGGAUCGUUUGCUAUGGGAUCCUCUUAUGCAGUUGUCACAGCUUUAUUGACAAAAUUUACAAAGCUGUGUGACUUCCCCAUGUUGGAGACAGGUCUGUUUUUCCUCCUAUCUUGGAGUGCCUUCUUAUCAGCAGAAGCUGCUGGUCUCACAGGUAUUGUUGCAGUUCUUUUCUGCGGAGUCACACAAGCCCAUUAUACCUACAACAAUCUCUCAUCAGAUUCCAAAAUGAGAACUAAACAGCUGUUUGAGUUCAUGAAUUUCCUAGCUGAGAAUGUCAUCUUCUGUUACAUGGGACUUGCUCUGUUCACCUUUCAAAACCAUAUCUUCAACCCUCUUUUUAUAUUUGGUGCAUUUCUGGCAGUCUUUGUAGCAAGAGCUUGCAACAUAUAUCCACUUACUUUCCUAUUGAAUUUUGGUCGAAAACAAAAGAUUCCCUGGAAUUUUCAACACAUGAUGAUGUUUUCAGGUUUACGUGGUGCAAUAGCUUUUGCAUUGGCUAUUCGAGACACAGAAUCCCAACCCAAACAAAUGAUGUUCACAACAACACUGCUUAUUGUGUUUUUCACAGUCUGGGUAUUUGGUGGAGGCACAACACCAAUGCUCACAUGGCUUCAGAUCAGAGUUGGUGUAGAUCCAGAUGAAGAUAUGAAAGCAGAAGCUGCAAACCAGACUGCAUGUAACUUGGAUAAAAAUACAACCAAAGCAGAGAGUGCGUGGCUGUUCAGAGUUUGGUAUGUAUUUGAUCACAGAUACCUAAAACCUAUUUUAACACAUGCCGGUCCACCUCUCACGACGACGUUACCUGACUGGUGUAAUCCUGUUGCCAGAAUUCUGACCAGCCCCAGGGCGUAUGGCGAUCAGCUGAAGAAUGAGGACACAGAUUAUAUCAUAAAUAAUGAUGAACUGACCAAAAACUAUGAAGCAUCUGCUCACACACUAGUGCCUGCACAGGACAAAACAGGCUGCAGCAGCCAGGCUGCAGGCAAGGAAGAUAUUCAUGAAGGAGACCUUGGAUUAGGAGCAUACAAACUCCAGCUUGAACACACUCCAGGUCAACCUGAGCUGAAUUCAUCAGCAUGAACAGUGUAAUUUUAAAUCAGAAGAAAUAAGUAAACCAAAGAAAUAAAAGAUAUAACUUCAUGAAGAAAAAAACAAGAAAACAUAUUAAGGUUUCUUAGAUUUUUGUGCUAAGAUGUUACCAAGUAAGUUCUGGUUUCUCUGUUGAAAAAAAAAAAAAAAAAAUAGUAUCAUCUACACAACUACAACAAUAUGCAAUUUUUCUUUACUGCAGCACUUCUUAUUAAUAAAAGAUAGAUACUGCCAGCCCUCUGUAAAUCCAUUACAGUCACAUGUUCUCUGAGAUGGCAUUUGACUGCAUCAUAUCCCUUUCACAUGUAUGCUUUCCUUUGAACAUUAAUUAUAAUCUUCAGUCUGCUGGGAUGAAGACAAAUACCUUCCUAACAUACUCAGAGCAUGUCUAAUACAAAGCUCCUAGAACCUUUGCAUUGAAUACUGGAUUCUCAGAGGUAAAAUGUGCUUAUUUUACUCUGCUUCAUCUUGGUAGCAAGGUCAGCUGUAGUUAGAAAAACAAGAGGAGAAUUUAAGUAUGAAAGUAUUAAUUAUAUCUGCAUAAACGCAACAAUGGAAUAAACAAGGAUUCAAUCUCACACA